AUGGAAAAGUGGAGUCUCUUGUUCACAUUGACCUUGCUCUUUCUGUGCAUAAGUUGUCAUGAUCGGAACCUGACUGUUCAUUUAGUACCUCAUUCCCAUAAUGAUGCAGGCUGGCUGAAGAGUUUUGAAGAAUAUUACCAAGAAACAACAAAGCAUAUACUCACCAAUGUUAUGAAUCUUUUGGAAAGAGAGCCCAAUAAGGUAUUCAAUUGGGCUGAUAUCGCCUUUUUUCACCGCUGGUGGAUAGACCAAACCCCUGAGAUGAAGAAUUUAGUCAGAAAUCUAGUCAAGAAGAAUAGAUUCGUGUUUAUUGGUGGAGGCUGGGUUAUGAGCGAUGAAGCCCUCCCUUCUUAUAAAGAGAAUAUGCUCCAGAUGAGACUUGGCCUUGAUUUUUUGCAGGAUACCUUCGGUGUCCGUCCUAAUAUUGGAUGGCAGAUUGAUCCAUUCGGAAGCAGUGCUGCUACCGUAGCUGUGUUGUACAAGUUAGGGUUUGAUGGCUUUGUUGGAAACAGGAUGUCCCAGAACUUUAAAGACAAGAUGGCAUCAGAAGACGGAUUCAAUUUCUAUUGGCAAGGACACCAAGUCUCUAAAAACAAGGAUGAUACAGUGUUAUUUACACAUAUUCUGCAGAAGCAUUAUGGACUUCAGUUACCGAACGUUUGGAAUGAGGGACUUUUCCUCGGAAAAUCAAUGACAAGAAUGUCUGACUAUGUGUAUGAUCGUGAGAUAAGCCCUGCAAUAAAAGCGAUCCAAAACAUCUCAAAUCAUACAGAAAAGGAUUUCCACACCAUGGUUACUGCUGGAGACGAUUUCAUGUUUACUAACGCUGAUAGAGUAUUUUCAAAGUUUGAUGAGUUAAUCAAAUCUAUCGAAAAGAAAGGAGAUAACAAUGGAUUUAACACAAAGGCAAAGUAUGAUACAAUGUGAGGCUAUUUCGAAGGGCUUCACUCAAUGAACCUGUCCUAUGGAGUGUUUAAAGGAGACUUUUUACCAUAUGAAGAAAGAUUUCCAAAUUGGGAAGAUUUUUGGACUGGGUAUUACUCGACUAGACUUCAUAUGAAGAGAAUGAUUAGGCAUGUUUUUAAUGAUAUCCAAAGCACUAAAACAUUAUUAGCUAUUAGAGCUACUCAUCAUGAGAACAAUAGCAUAAGAUUUGGAGGCCCAUUCAGCUUCAAUGUGGAUAAAGUUCAAGAAAAGAUCACCGAUGCUGAGAGAAAAUGGGGAAUAAUGAUGCAUCAUGAUGCUAUUACAGGGACUCACACUGUCCACACUGAGCCAAGCUAUUACAGAAUCCUUCAUGAGGCAUUAAACUAUUUACAUUCAGCUAGGAACUUAAUCGACGAGUUUAUAGCGAAAAAGAUUCCUAGCUCUACAAUCGAUUUCCUCAACAACAUUGUUGGAAAUCUCACAAACCCUAAAAUUACUCACAACACCAUAGUGAAUCCUUCAGGAUAUUACAGAAUCCAGAUUGUUAACAUAACUGUGCCAAUCCCAGAGAACGAAGACAGAUACAUUCUCUACGUACAAGAAAGAGAAACUUUGACUCCUAUCACAUCGUCUUAUUAUGCUGAUAUUUAUGAGUUAAAUACAGCCACUUCAAAUCUGGUAAAAACCAGGAAGAUAUUCUUCAAACUUCCAAUGCAUGCUCUUAGUGACAAGCAGGUGUAUAUCUUCCAAACCUCUGAUGCAAAUGAUUGUGUUGGCAAGAACUUCCACUGUGCUACAAAAGUUGAAGCAGAAAAAGUCCAAGGCCGUCCUCAGAUGAUCAACCAAGAUAUCAAGCUUAACUUUAGUGCUGAUGGAGCUUUAGAAAGAUUCGAAUACAUGUCAAGGAGGAUUGCUGAAUACUUUUCUGAGGAUGUAACAUACCAUGACAUGAUCAGAAAUACCAGGUCUGGUCUCUACAUCUUCAACCCAAGGAACACCAAGGUUAAAGUUCCCUUCAGCAAUACUGAGAUGUAUAGAUAUAGAAUAUCAGGGCUGAUUGAUGUACUCCAGGUCUAUAGACAUUCUAGUGAAGAUAGACUCCUUAAAACUUACAUUGUCAACCAAGAUGGAUGUCCAAAUUUAAGGAAACAGUUCUUCAUGGAGAUCCAAUUUGAAACUAAACGGAUGGCCGAAGUCUCCUUCAGCCUCAAGAAAGUCCCUAAAUCAUCCAGUGGCGAGUACAAGUCAUAUGCUGAUGACUCUAUGAGGCUUAUUGAAAGACCAAUCUUUGAUAAGUCAAGUAAGAUUCCUCAUACCAACCUGGCAGAGCUCGAAGGAUACUAUACCUACUCUUGCGUCCAUGGAGGUCUUAUCAGAGAGAUGGACAAAAACAGUCCUGAUGGAAAUACAGAUAUAUUCUUUGGCUGGGCUAACUCAAACCCAAUAGGAUGCACUUUUUCUGACAAAAGCGAAGUUUCAUUCAUGAUCUUUAGGAAUAUUGCAAAUUCUGACAACAAAGGUGUUAAUGAUCGUCUAGUUGAUAGGCAUAUUACAUCUACAGCCUUCCAAUUCUAUAUUGAAAAGUCUGUGGAUGGAGCCUUGUUCCAUAAAGUUAGAGCUAACACAAAGAUAAAUGAGCCUUAUGGAAUCUUUACAAAGAAUAUAUACAAGACAAAAUUUGAUUCCUUAGCUGUUUCUUCUAACCUUGGAGCUGACUUCUUGAAUCUUAAUGGCGAACACCAAAUAUCGAACACCUUUGGAGAUAUCGACAUCGUUGACCUCAAGCUCAUGAGACACAAAAUACUCGAGACAUUUAAUGACUAUGAGCUAGCCAUAGUUCUCAGAAACAGAUAUAAUGGGCAUAUCCCUAUAACAAGAGGUUCAAAAGAUCAUAAUGAAGGACUCUUCAAGAACGAAUUCAUUGACACUCUUAAGUCAGAGCCUAAGACUAUUUACAGGAACAACUAUGAUAAAUCCAAGCAGGUGCUUGAUGAAGAGAGAUACAGUCUUGCCUCUCUAGAAGAUGAACUUCGUAAAAGCAAUCAUGAGCCAAGAGGAUUUCACGGACUCGAGCCAUACGAACUUGCAGAGUUUAGAAUAGUCCGUUCCUCAACCUUGGAAGCUUUGGAUAUCAAGAAAAAGGAGACAUCAAACGAUACUGGAGGUUCUGGUGGUAGAAAUCUAAACUGUAGUACAUUCGAGUACCUCUCACGUCACCAUAAAGUAGUGAACUACUUCCACAAAUACAUCAGAAGCAUUCUAUUCAUCCUUGGUAAGAACCCUUCUAUUCAUCGGCGCUAUAUUUGGAAUAAAGAAGCUCAGAGAUGCCAAGAACAGGAAAAAAGCUGCUAAAAAGAGACAUAUCAGAGUAUCUGAUAUCUCUGACAUGGAGGAAUAACUAUGUUUCAAUGGAGCGAU